AUGGAGUUGGAGCACCCAGCGACGACGUUUCACAACUCCGCUAUGACCUUCGAUGAAGUUUCCAUGGAACGCAGCAAGAGCUUCGUUAACUCCUUGCAGGAACUUAAGAACCUGAGGCCUCAACUUUAUUCUGCUGCAGAAUACUGUGAAAAAUCUUAUCUCCUUAGUGAACAGAAACAAAUGGUACUUGACAACCUAAAAGAUUACGCUGUGAGAGCCCUUGUGAAUGCUGUUGAUCAUCUUGGAACUGUUGCAUAUAAGUUAACCGACCUUCUCGAGCAGCACACGUUGGAUGUCUCAACUAUGGAUUUGAAGGUCUCUACAAUAAAUCAGAAACUUCUUACGUGCCAAGUUUAUACGGAUAAAGAAGGCCUUCGGCAGCAGCAAUUGUUGGCUUUCAUUCCCAGACAUCAUAAGCACUAUAUUUUACCAAACUCUGUCAAUAAAAAGGUACAUUUCAGUCCACACGUGCAAAUUGAUGCAAAACAGAAUUCAUUUCAAACCAGAACUCGUUUUCAAUCUUCAGGUACCCCUCCAGCGAAAACUCUUUCAUGGCAUUUAGCAUCAGAGACUAAGUCUACAUUGAAAGGGACUCCGCAUGCUUCCCCAAACAUAGAGAACCCAAAGUUUUCUGCCAAGGCCUCUGGAUUUUUUCACCUUUUAGACAAUGAAGAGAGCACCGGGACAAAGUCCUCACCAGCACAAAUUCACUUACCGAAUGGAGUUCCUACUUCUACUAUACAUGUGCAAAGUUUUGGCGGCACACGCAGGGAUGCAUUGGAUGGUUCCAAACCAAUGACAGGGUUCAGGUCAUUUGACAACGCAAAUCGCCGCGAGUCUGCCCAAACCCCUCCUCGCAGCAGAAGCGUGUUGUCAGCCUUCUUUGUCAAACAGAAAACACCAAAAUUGAAGACUGGUUCGUUCUCAUGA